AUGAAGCGACCGACUUUGGGUUCAAAUCUAUCUCGCCUUGCCAAUAUUCCUGAUGUAUCUUUGGUUCUGCCUGAUGCUCCUGAUUGUGAGCAUUGCGGAGCGAAAAGGUUCCAUUUGGAACCUCCUACCUUUUGCUGCUCGGGAGGAGAAAUCUCCAUUGUCGCUCCUCCGAUGCCUUAUGCUUUGAAACGCUUGUUCAUUGACAAUGAUGAAGAGAGUGCCCACUUCAGGAACAAUGUUCGUACUUAUAACAACAACCUUGGCUUUACAUCAUUUGCUGCAAAGUAUGACGCUGAUUUAACAAAGAACACGAAAGGUGUUUAUACCUUCCGUGUCCAGGGCCAAGUCUACCAUUUCCUUGAUGGCCUUAUUCACUUGGGCGAGAAACCUUCUGGCAUUCAGUUAUACUUCUUUGACACCGAUGAGGAAUUAGCAAAGAGGCUUGGUAACUCUGAUAAGCUGCGAGAAAACACUUUGAAAUUGCUUAUGCAAAUUCUUUCUGAAAAUCCUUAUGCCCGAUUUUUUAAAAGCCUUAGGGAUGUUCCAAACAUUGACAACCUGAACAUUGUCCUUAAUUGUUAUCCUUCACUUGACCAACGAGUCUAUAAUCUUCCCACCACCUCGCAAGUUGCAGCUAUAUGGACUGAGAGUGACGAUCAGUCAUCCGAUAGGCGCGCUCAUAUUCGGGUUUAUUCUCACUCAGCUGGUAGCCAUAGGAUUCAGCAUUACUAUGGAUGUUAUGACCCUUUGCAGUACCCUCUCCUUUUCCCUCGUGGUGAGUGUGGCUGGCACCAUGGAAUUAAGAGACUUCGCAAAAGGAAAACGAGAGGUGACGCCUGUGAGGCUGAUCUUAACAUCGAUCCAGCUUCAGUUAACUCCUCGUCGGAGUUAAUUGAUUUGGAACAGAGAGCUGCUGACCAAGGCAAAUCAGAGGAUGAUACUGUUUCGGUUAGGGAGUACUACUGUUAUAGAUUUCAGAUACGGGACAGUGAUGAAUCAAUGUUGUUGCACACUCUUAGAUUGCUACAGCAGUUUUCGGUUGAUGGUUAUGUCAAGAUAGAAACAUCUAGACUUGACUUCCAUAAACAUCGCCAAAACAAAAUACGCUCUGAAGCUUUACAAGGAGUUCUUGACAGUGUUUCUAUUGGCCAAACUGCUGCUUCUAAGGUUGGUCGUAGGGUCUUCUUGCCAGCUUCCUUUAUAGGUGGCCCCAGAGACAUGCGCCGUCGCUACCUUGAUGUAAUGGCUCUGGUGCAAAAGUACGGGAAACCGGAUAUCUUCCUUACUAUGACAUGUAAUCCAGCAUGGAAGGAAAUUCAAGAAAACUUGAAAUACCAUGAAAAACCUCAGGAUCGGCCAGACCUUUUAGCUAGAGUUUUUAGAGCCAAGUUUGAACUUCUUAAAGCAGAAAUUCUGAAUAAACAAAUCUUUGGUGAUGUUGCAGCGUGCGUUUAUGUGAUUGAGUUUCAAAAGCGAGGCUUUCCUCAUGCCCAUCUAUUAUUGAUCUUAAAACCUGGUCAUAAACUACUUAAUCCGGAGUUAUACGACAAGGUGGUUUGUGCUGAGUUGCCCGAUAAAGAUCGAUAUCCUCACUUAUAUUCUCUUGUUGUCAAACAUAUGAUCCAUGGUCCUUGCGGAGCCAUGGAAAAAUCUUGUCCUUGCAUGAGAGAUGGAUCCUGCAAAAAUCGCUAUCCAAAGAACUUUUGUGCUCAAACCACUCAUGGUGAGGAUACUUACCCAUAUUAUAGACGAAGAGAUGAUGGCAAGAAAGUCAGAGUCCGCAGAUUUACUCUUGAUAAUAGAUGGGUUGUGCCUUACAACCCAUACCUACUUGCCUUAUUUGAUUGCCACAUCAACGUGGAAAUUUGUUCAACUCUGAAACUCGUGAAAUACUUGUAUAAGUAUGUUUUCAAAGGCCAUGAUCUGGUGAGCUUUAAAAUCAUUUCAUGUGAAUCAGCCAAUGAUAUUGAUGAAAUAAAAGACUUCCAGAAAGGUAGAUGGGUUUCACCUCCGGAAGCUUUUUGGCGCAUUUAUGAAUUUAAGCUCAAUGAAAUGACUCCAGCAGUUUACACCCUUCAAGUUCACCUUCCAGACCAGCAAUUUGUUUCCUUUGACAAGAAUUCUGACUUGUUGCAGCUGCUAAGCAAAGUUGAUUUUUCUAAAACAAUGUUAACUCAGUUUUUCCGCAUGAACAUAACUAAUCAAAAAGCAGGAAAUCUGAAGUGCUUCUAUAGAGAUUUCCCUGAACAUUUUGUUUGGUCUGCUAAAUAUAAAGAGUGGACUGAACGAAAGCGUCGAAAAGUGAUUGGUAGGAUGGUGACUGUUAGUCCAAAAGAAGGAGAAAGGUAUUAUUUGAGGUUACUUUUAACUCACAUUCCUGGCCCGACCUCUUUUGAAGACCUUUUGACUGUUAAUGAACAGAGAUUUGACUCAUUUAGAGAGGCUGCUUUGGCUCUCGGUCUUUUACACUCUGAUGCAUACAUAGAGGACACGCUUCAGGAAGCAGUAGCAUUUCAGAUGCCUUCCUCCCUGAGGUUAUUAUUUGCCACUCUUCUUGUUUAUUGUUCCCCGGCAGAUCUUAGGUCGCUCUGGGAAACAUUUGAACCUCAACUUUCUGCCGACUAUAACCACCAUCAGCCGUCCCAUGGUCUUUCUCCCCCUGAAAUUAGAAGAGAAGUCCUGCAAGAUAUAAAUAACUCGCUUGAACAAAUGGACAAAAGCAUUGCUGAUUUCCACUUUGUCUCCGAUAACUUUGCAUGUAGUUACGCUGGAAGAUUAACAAAGGAGAUUGAGAGUGAAAAAAACUUAGCUGUGGCACCUGAAGAUCUGUUAUUGUCUCAAAAGUUGAAUUUCGAGCAAAAACAUGCCUAUGAUACGAUCCUAAACGCAUGUUUUUCCUUGGAAGGACAAGCUUUUUUCGUCGAUGGCCCCGGUGGCACAGGUAAAACAUUCCUGUACCGGGCGCUUCUCGCCACCUUGCGCUCGCAGAACCAUGUUGCACUUGCAGUGGCAACAUCUGGAAUUGCAGCGUCAAUCCUUCCUGGUGGGAGGACAGCUCACUCAAGAUUCAAGAUACCGCUUGAUUUCUCAAAAACUAAGAGUUGCCAGCUUAGUAAGCAGAGCUCCGCUGCGAAACUCCUUUCUGAAUCUGCUCUUAUUUUGUGGGAUGAAGCUUCAAUGGCUAAGCGGGAAACAAUUGACGCAUUUGAUGAAUUGCUGAAGGAUUUAAUGGAUUCAGAUUUGCCUUUUGGCGGAAAGGUGGUAGUUUUUGGAGGCGAUUUUCGGCAGACUCUACCUGUCAUUGAGCAAGCAACUAAAGAAGUACUCAUAGAAUCAACCUUCCCUGUUUCUCCCCUGUGGUCUAAACUACACAAAAUCAGGCUCACGGAAAACAUGCGAGCUAUGUUUGAUCCAGGCUUUUCACGGUUUCUUUUGAGUGUGGGAGAGGGGAGGGAACCUGUUGAUGACCAGGGCGAAAUAACUUUAUCGCCAAAUAUAGUUAUUCCUUAUCUAGAUAAAGAGGACUCUUUGAACAGGUUAAUAGAAAGCGUGUUUCCAGAUUUGAACCUGUAUACACAGGAUCCCUAUAGCCUGAUAAAUAGGUGCAUUCUUGCUCCUAAAAAUAGCUCGGUCGAUGAGCUGAAUGAAAUAAUGAUUAGGAGGUUUCCUGGAAGCCUUCAAACUUAUAUUAGCUCGGACAAAACUGUUGAUCAGCGGCACCAAAGUGAUUAUGAGGACUUCCUCAAUUCUCAAAAUCCUAAAGGUCUCCCUCCUCAUAAGUUGCUAUUGAAGGAAAACUGCCCGCUAAUGCUUCUAAGGAAUUUAAACCCAGCUGAGGGUCUAUGCAAUGGAACAAGGUUAAUAUGUAGAGAUCUCAGGCAACACACAAUUUCUGCUGAGAUUGUUUUUGGUCAUCACCGAGGAAAAAGAGUUUUUAUUCCAAGGAUACCUCUUCAGUCACCCGACAAUGACAAAAAUGGGAUUCCAUUCGUCCGAACACAGUUUCCUGUCCGACUUUGCUUUGCUCUCACCAUCAACAAAUCACAGGGUCAAACUCUUGACUACGUCGGCAUCUAUCUACGAGAACCAGUUUUUUCCCAUGGACAGUUGUAUGUUGCUCUGUCCAGAGCUAGGACUGCAGCUAAAGUUAAAAUUCUUCUUGUUCCUGGGACAUUUGAUGGCACAAAAGUAGACUGCAAAACUCGGAACGCAGUCUUUCCUGAAAUUUUUAGAUUAACAAACCAGAUGGCUAACUUGCUGCCGAUGCGAGAUGUUAUGCCUCACAUGAAGAAUUGGAGCUGCAUUAUCACCGUUCAGGAAAAGCAACAGGUCACAAACUCACUGGGAACACCUACAAGAAAACAGAAGUUUGUUUUCUGCGAUUCAGAAGUUUAUAAAAAGUAUAAAAUCUCCAAUGCUGAGGUCAGGCCUAUACCACUGAAGUUCCAGACACCUGAACUUACCGUUCAAUGGGUCAUCAGUAGCAGGACUGUCAUUGAUGAAAUUCCUGAUGAUGAUGCAGUCAUGGCUGUCAAAUUCUGCUAUUCAAAGUUUACUGAUUUAGUUCAGUACAUGGAUGACAAAACUAAAUCAGUCGACGUGCUGGGAGUCGUGGUUAGUGCACUCGAGAGGAGAACGAUUACCAAAAACUCAAGGCAAUCAGAUGUUCAGAAAUUUGUCCUGCUUAAUGAAGAAUCACAGACGGUCCUAUUAUCUCUAUGGGAUAGCUUUCUAGCUAAUGAAGGAGUGGAAAUGCUAUCUAAACUCCACACCUAUCCUGUGAUCAUUGCUCGCAGGGUCAAAGUGAAUAACUAUAAUGGAGUCGCACUUGGUACUUGGUUUGAUUCAGCCAUUCUGGUUGAUCCCCCUAUACAAGAAGCAAGAGAACUCAAGAACUGGGCAUUGAGGAACACUAAACUGAUUAAAGAGAUUGUUGAAAAAAAAGACUAUAUUAAAUAUAAUCCACAGCUGUCGUUAAAGUCAGACCAGAAAACAACUUGGAUUUGUAACAUAACUUCAUCACAAAAGAUUGUGUGGGUAAAGGCACAAAUAUCUUUUGAGCACAUCUUCCAGAAAUAUUGGUACAUGAGUUGCAAAAACUGCUGCCGAGCUACAGCAGCUGACUAUGAAAUGGUGUUUACCUGUAACUCAUGCAAAGAGAAACAUCCUGCAGUGCCUAGAUGCCGCUUUGAUGUCGAUUUGACUGAUAGCACUGGUGUGGUCCCAGCUUCAGUAUUUGGCGAAUUAGCAGAGAAACUAUUAACAUUUAAUGGCCUAGAAGCAAUGCAGCAUUUUGAUCAGAAUGUUGAACUUCCACUCGAGUUUGUCCACAAGGAACUUAAAUCAAAAACGUUUCUGCUACACAUCAAACCUGUCCAAGCACAGCUGGCAGAUGCAAGGCAACGUUACACAAUUAUAUUCUUCUCUGAAAUUGAUGAUCCUGCCGCUUCUGUCCAGUUAACAAGUCAAACAGAAGAUGACUCUCCUUUCCCUUGCAAGGAAACUGAGACUGUACAGCUCGGGACUCCAGGAGGUAACGGUGAUCGGUCAAAGAUUUGUGUUCGCCUUUCUGAGAGAUUUGAUGAACCCCAGAACAUUGAACCAAAUGUGGAUGAAAAUGCAGAGUGCAGCUCUAGCAAAAAGCAGAAACUCAACUAG